CUGCGAUGCGUUUCUUGGGCGCCGCGUUCCUGUUCCUGGCACUCAGCGCCUCCGCCCUGGCCAAGCCGGUGCAUUUCAAGGACUGCGGUUCUGGGGUCGGAGUUGUAAAGGAAGUGAAUGUGAACCCAUGCUCCACCCAGCCCUGCCAACUGCACAAAGGACAGUCUUACAGUGUCAAUGUCACGUUCACCAGUAGCACUCAGUCUCAAAGUAGCAAAGCUGUGGUGCAUGGCAUUGUGAUGGGCAUCGCAAUUCCCUUUCCUAUUCCUGAGCCUGAUGGUUGUAAGAGUGGAAUCAGCUGCCCCAUUGAAAAAGACAAGACCUAUAGCUACCUGAAUAAACUACCUGUGAAGAGUGAAUACCCCUCUAUAAAACUGGUGGUAGAGUGGGAACUUAAGGAUGACAACGACCAACGUCUCUUCUGCUGGCAAAUCCCAGUACAGAUUGAAAGCUAGAGCUAUUUGAUGCCAAUAUGUCCGUCUGGGGGUGAGAGAGCACGGGUGGAGCGAGAGGAGGAGAAAUCAAGUCUAAACUAAAUCAGUGCCAUAAGAUGAAAGGAAUUUCUAGACUGCCGUUCUAGCCUCUCAACCUCCAAAAGCAUCUAAGGACCCUAUUUCCUGAGAGCUCAGAACUGUCGCCCCUGUAUUAUCCUUUGUAAAAGGGUUGAAGGAAGGAAGAGAAAGU